AUGCGCUUCACUUCGCGAAUGUCGUUAGUCCUGCCCAUGGCGAUACACGCUAUGUCAACCAUUGAAGGGGCAGCGGCAGCCUGCUCGAAUGGACUUGUGAACGUUGUCUUCAACGGGCCCCAGAACUCGUCCCAAUUCCCCGAGAAAUUCUCCAAGAUGCCUGGUGCUUCCAACUGGCUCACUUUCAAAUUUGGAACCGAGACUAAGCAGAUUCCAAUGCUGGGAAACAACAAGGAGGCUGUGCAGAAGGCCAUCGACGCGGUCAACGGCCCAAACCCACCAGACUACCUGCUCACCUUCAACGAGCCCGACCAUGAUUAUCACACCGGCAAAGUGGUUUUGACUCCCCAAGACGCCUCUGCUCUUAUCAAACCGUUGUUGGCGUCAGCUGGAAACCAUACGAAAUUCAUCGCACCGGUGCCAGCCGCCCAAAUGAGCUCCUGGCUUGAUGAGUUCUUCAACGCAUGCCAAUGCAAAGACUCCUUCGCUGCAUACAACGUUCAUAUCUAUCGAGGAAACGUCGAGGACGCCAAAGCGGAGAUAAACACUUUCCACAACAAGUUCAACGAUAAGCCUUUGUGGGUUACCGAGAUUGGACCGGGAAACAGAACGACAUCUUGCCCGAAUCCGCCCCCCUGGGACAAGACGACCAAGUUCAUGCAAGAAAUCUAUGCCUGGGGACAGUCAACUGAAUGGAUCCACAAAAUCUUUUGGAACACUGGCAAUCAGAUCACCAGCCAUGUAGACAACAAUGUGUGCAACUCUUAUCUACUUGAUGGCAACAAUAACCCAACACCACUGCUGGAUCCUUUCAACCACUUGACUUGUUAG